AAACAAAGACUGGCACCCUGAUUCUGACCCAGACCCUCUGGCGGCCAGUGAGCGGAUGUGAGCAGAGCUGAGCGGUAAAAGGCACCCCGGCUCUUGGAAGAUGCUCACUGUGGCAAUGUGCGUGGCCCUCCUGGGCUGCGUGCAGGCCCAGGAGCUCCAGGGACAUGUCUCCAUAGUGCUGCUGGGAGCGACUGGGGACCUGGCCAAAAAAUACUUAUGGCAGGGACUGUUCCAGUUGUACCUGGAUGAGGCGGGGAAGGGCCAUAGCUUUAGCUUCCAUGGGACUGCUCUGACGGCCACCAAGAAGGGCCAGGAGGUCCUGGUCAAGGUCCUGGAGUCCCUCUCCUGCCCCAAGGAUGUGGCACCCGGUCGCUGUGCUGAACUCAAAGACCAGUUCCAGCAGCUGAGCCAGUACCGCCAGCUGAAUUCAACGGAGGACUACGUGGGCCUGAGCAAGGACAUCGAGGCCCUGGUCCAGCGCAAGGGCCUCCGGGAGGCAGGCCGGAUUUUCUACUUCUCGGUGCCGCCCUUCGCCUAUGCAGGCAUCGCCCGGAGCAUCAACAGCAGCUGCCGUCCAGGCCCAGGUGCCUGGCUGCGGGUCGUCCUUGAGAAACCCUUUGGCCACGACCACCUCUCAGCCCAGCAGCUGGCCACCGAACUUGGGAGCUUUUUCCAAGAGGAGGAGAUGUACCGGGUGGACCAUUACCUGGGCAAGCAGGCCGUGGCUCAGAUCCUGCCUUUCCGAGACCAGAACCGCAAGGCCUUGGACGGCCUCUGGAACCGGCACCACGUGGAGCGGGUGGAGGUCGUCAUGAAGGAAACAGUGGAUGCAGGAGGUCGCACCAGCUUCUACGAGGAAUAUGGCGUCAUUCGAGACGUCCUGCAGAACCACCUGACGGAGAUCCUCACCUUGGUGGCCAUGGAGCUGCCCCCCAACGUCAGCAGCUCGGAGGCCGUGCUGCGGCACAAGCUGCAGGUCUUCCAGGCGCUGCGGGGCCUCAGGAAGGGCAGUGCCGUCGUGGGCCAGUACCAGGCCUACAGCGAGCAGGUGCGCAGGGAGCUGCACAGGCCCGACGGCUACCACAGCCUGACGCCGACCUUCGCAGGCGCCCUCAUUCACGUGGACAACCUUCGCUGGGAGGGCGUUCCUUUCAUCCUGAUGUCGGGCAAAGCCUUGGACGAGAGAGUGAGCUACGUACGGGUCCUGUUCAAGAACCGGGCGUGCUGUGCCCAGAGCGAGAAGCGCCGCGUCGGGGCGCAGAGCCCGUGCCUGCCGCGGCAGGUCGUCUUCCACGUGGGGCACGGCGAGCUGGGCAGCCCCGCGGUGCUGGUGAGCAGGAACCUGUUCCGGCCCGCGCUGCCCGGCGGCUGGAGGGAGCUGGAGGGCCCCCCCGGGCUGCGCCUUUUCGGCCGCCCUCUGUCCGAUUACUACGCCUACAGCCCCGUGCGGGAGCAGGACGCCUACGCCACCCUCAUCUCACGCAUCUUCCACGGCCGCAAGGACUCCUUCAUCACCACCGAGAGCUUGCUGGCCUCCUGGGUCUUCUGGACCCCGCUGCUGGACAGCCUGGCCCGCGAGGCCCCGCGCCUCUACCCAGGGGGGGCCGAGAACGGGCACCUGUUGGACUUCGAGUUCAGCGGCGGCCGGUUGGCCUUUUCCGUGCAGCAGGCGGAGCAGCUGGUGCCGGGGCCGGGUUCUGCUCCGAUGCCCAGUGACUUCCAGGUUCUCGGGGCCAAGUACCGAGACAGCCCCCUGGUCGCUGCCUGGCCCGAGGAGCUGAUCGUGAAGCUGGCCAGCGACAUCGAGGCCGCAGCUGUGAAGGCCGUGCGGCGCUUCGGCCGGUUCCACCUGGCGCUCUCCGGCGGCUCCAGCCCCGUAGCCCUGUUCCAGCAGCUGGCCACAGGGCACUACGGCUUCCCCUGGGCCCACACGCACCUGUGGCAGGUGGACGAGCGCUGCGUCCCACUCUGGGACCCUGAGUCCAACUUCCAGGGCCUGCAGACUCACCUGCUGCAGCACGUCAGGGUCCCCUACUACAACAUCCACCCCAUGCCCGUGCACCUGCACCAGCGGCUCUGCGCCCAGGAGGACCAGGGCGCCCAGGCCUACACUGAGGAGAUCUCAGCCCUGGUCACCAACAGCAGCUUUGACCUAGUGCUUCUGGGCAUGGGCACCGACGGGCACACGGCCUCCCUCUUCCCACAGUCGCCCACCGGCCUGGAUGGCGAGGAGCUGGUAGUGCUUACCGAGAGCCCCUCCAGCCCGCACCAUCGCAUGAGCCUCAGCCUUCCCCUCAUCAACCGCGCCAGGAAGGUGGCGGUCCUGGUCAUGGGCAAGUUGAAGCGUGAGAUCACCAUGCUGGUGAGCCGUGUCGGCCACCAGCCCAAGAAGUGGCCCAUCUCGGGCGUCCUGCCCGAUUCUGGCCAGCUGGUGUGGUACAUGGACUACGAGGCAUUUCUGGGAUGACGGUGCCUUUGCCCUCCACUCGCUCCCGGGCUGUCUCUCACCUGUCCUUCCCCCUCCCCUCUGAGUCCUGCCACCUGCCCUCACGUCCUGGAUCUCUGGAAUCUGAUGCCUCAGGGCCAGGCCCUGAGAGAGGCCCCAUCCCAAUCCCUUUGACAGUCCCUGUUUGUGGUGGGCAGACCCAGAAACAAAAAGGGGGGGCUCAUGAAAAGUUUCAAGUCCAAGUUAGGAGAGAAACAUCCACCUAAAGGAGAGACCCUCAGCAGUUACACAUUAACAUCAACCAGCACAAAAUAGGCCGGCGUGGGGGCUCCCAGCUCCAGAAGAAGGCAGGCCGUGGGCUGGGAGUGGGGGUGGGGUCCUGGAGGGGGAGACCCUUGAACUGGCUCCCGUGGAGAAGAGCGAGGAGGGCAGAGAGAAGGGCGCAUGGAGCGGGUGCAGGGCCAGUGCCGAGCGGGAUGCUGGGGACUGUCCGAGUGCUCGGGCUGGUGCAGCCCCGCUUCCCGCUUCCCCGCCUCCCGGGCCUCUGACAUCCAGCCUGUCCUGGGCCCUGCAUGGCUGCCUCCACCGGCUCAGUGUGUCAGCUCCCUCCCCUUCGCUCCCAACGGGGAGGUCUUUCCAUCCCUCCUCUGUAUCUUCGCUGUCCCCCAGGCUCUCCACUUACAGCCAGAGGAAGGAUGGUGACAGUAACACAGCCACAAAUACUAGGAUGUUACAACGGUGCCCAAAACCUUGGCUGUUGUUCGGAGCCCUUCCUCAGUAGAUGAACUUCUCCGCAUGGGGGAGGCGCUGGUGCCCCAGGUCCUCAGGCAGGACCCCGUCCCCACCUGCGUGCCUUCGUGACACAUGCUGGACAUAGAUGACCAGGCCAUUCCAGGGGUCCCUCCUUUAAGAGGGUCCUUUAUAUCUUGGGACCUCCCGGUAGGUCUUUCCGCUCUCAGUGUCCUCUCUUGUUUUACCAGGGAAGAUCCAGUCAGAUCUUUCUUUGAUGGUGACAACUCAUUUGUGGGGGGGGAGAGGCGAUGUCCAGUGAUGGGCCAUCCAGAUGCUCUGAUCUGACCAGACAGGAGCCAGGCCUUUUUUGGGGCGGCUGCAGCUCACAGCAGGAGCGGGUGCAGCCCACCCUUCCCACACUAUCAUCUCUCGGUGGCACCCAGCCUGCUGACUUCCUGUCUGCUGGUCCCUCCUGCCACCUCUCAGGUCACCACUAACAAACACUCUGCGGGAGACUCGGGGAACAAGUCAGCAGCUGCUCCUUAAGAAUAGGCUGGUGCUCUGCUCUCGAGAAGGUGGACCAGCAGUUCCUGUUUCCUGAAAC